UUGCAAAUUCCCACAUCAUUCAAUAAAAAAAAAAAAGUGUAUAUAUAUAUAUAUAUCAUUAAGAAGUUUUAAGAGUUGACUUAUAGCAAAACUAUGGUCAAAGGGAUGAAGAUCCAAGCGAAGGAGGAGGUGAUGGUGAGGCCACCGGCGACGGGGUCGCCGCCCCGGGGGACAACCCUGUGGCUGUCGAAUUUGGACAUGAUGUACCGCCUCGAGUCCUACGUCAACUGCACCUUCUUCUUUAGGUCCGACACCUUCUUUGUCUCGUCUCUACUCAAGGCCACUCUCAGCCGUGCCUUGGUUGAGUUCUACCCGUUGGCCGGGCGCCUUAAACGGGUUGACCAUCAAAAUGGGUUUGAGAUCGAGUGCAAUGGGGAAGGGGUGUUGUACAUUGAGGCUACGGCCAAUGGCGCAUUGCUCGACUUGGGGGCCGACUUAGGCCCCCGCCCGGACCUCACUUUUGCACCCGUCGUGGAUUAUUCCAAAGGCGCUUCGGCACUCCCACUUUUCGUCGUGCAGGUAACCCGUUUCACAUGCGGUGGAGUUUGUUUGGGUUUUGCCUUGAGCCAUUACGUAUGUGACGGAUUUUCACUUCUGCAAUUCCUCCGCACAUGGGCCGACAUAGCCCGCGGCGCCGGAAUUACAGCGCCGCCGUUCCACGACAGGCAGGCUGUCUUGUCCGCCCGCCACCCCCCUCAGCCGGAGUUCGACCACAUCGAAUACCACCCCCCUCCAACAUUAAUCCAUCCAAUCACAUCAACAACUAACAACAAUACAUCCUACAAAAAAUUCAGGCUGACUCCCGAUCAGGUGAAAGCACUCAAGGAGUCGUCAUUAUUGUCGUCGACAAAUAUUGGUAAUUACACGACGUACGAGGUUCUCGCCGGCCACGUGUGGCGCUGCGUGUCGAUGGCCCGCCGGCUGCCGAAGAAUCAGCCGACGAAGCUUCACAUGGCGGUCGACGGCCGGGAGAGGCUGCUCCCCCGACUGCCACGUGGCUACUUCGGGAAUGUCGUAUUUUCCGCCACUCCCAUUGCCCUGGCGGGUGACCUGCAAGAGAAUCCCGUCGGGUUUUCCGUCCUUAAAGUUCACGAAGCGCUUGUAAGAAUGGACGACCGUUACUUGCGGUCGGCGAUCGAUUACCUGGAGGCGGUUCGGCAAGGCGGACCGGCCAUCUCAAAAUACCUGUUCGAUUAUCGUUCCCCAAAUCUUGGGAUAAUCAGCUGGGCUAGGCUUCCGAUGUACGAGGAUUUUGGGUUGGGCAAGCCGGUCUACGCCGGCUGGGGAAGCAUCCCGGCCGAAGGAAUAAGUCACGUGCUACCCACGCACGAUGGGACAUUGUUGUAUGCGAUCGCCUUGCCCGAACAAGAGAUGGCCAUCUUCGAAAAACUUUUCUACGAAUUAUAGUCUAGACUGUUAGAAAAUUCUUUCCAAUAAUGUUGUAUUUUACUUUUCUUUCCUUUGAAUCCGUCACCAUUACUGUUUAAAUAAUUCUCAGUCAUCAUGGGUCUGUCAUGUUUCUGGAUUUAAUUAUGCAAUUGGAUUUUUCUUGGUUUUUACUUCAAU